AUGGCGCUGAUCAGGGUCCCUCCUCCCGUUCCCAUGCCAACUGAUAUUAGUAGGGCGAAUCUCGUCAUACUAACCCCUGCCGCCGCCGCCGCCGCCGCCAAUAAGGGAAAAAGAAUAUCCUCCUCCUCCUUUCUGUUGGCUAUCAAAGGCAGCCUACGCAAGCAGCAGCAGCAGCGACCCAACAUCACCACGACCUUUUCUCCGCUGCAGGCCGCCGAGGACCUUGCCGCCCGCCUCGGCCUCGAGAUGGCCACCGCCGGCCUCGAGCUUCUCUUCCGUGACCGCGAGGCCUUCGGCGCCGGCGACCAUCCCCCGCCUGCCUCUCCCGGCCGCCAACGGCGUCCCGUCCGCGUCGCCUACCAAGGCGUCCCGGGCUCCUACUGCCAGGAGGCCGCCGCCGAGGCCUACCCCUCCUCCUCCCAUCCCCCCUUCCUCCCCUGCCCCCACAUGGAGGCCGCCUUUUCCGCCCUCGAGGACGGCUCCGCCGACCACGCCGUCGUCCCCAUCGAGAAUUCCCUCGACGGCCCAAUCCCCCGCAACCUCGACCUCCUCCUCCGCUAUCCGGGAGUCCGCAUCGUCGGCGAGCUCCUCCUCCCCGUAAACCACUGCCUCCUCGCCCUCCCUGGAGCCCCCCGGUCGGCCCUCCGCCGCGUCGUCAGCCACCCCCAGGCCCUCGACCACUGCCGCCACCGCCUCCAGGCGCUCGAUCUGGAGGUGGAGGAGGUCUCCAGCGCCGCUGAUGCCGCCCGGGUCGUAGCGGAGGGCAGGAUCUCCGACACAGCGGUGAUCGGAAGCAGGAUCGCCGCCCGCGUGUUCGGGCUGCGCGUCCUGGAGGAGAACUUCCAGGACCAGGGCUCCGGCGGCGGUAACAUGACCCGCUUCCUCCAGCUCGCCCUGGGCGGCACCGGCACCGGCACCGGGAAGACGACGGUGGCCUUCUCCCUGCCGAGCGGCCCCUCGGACCUGUUCCGGGCGAUGUGGGCGUUCGAGAGCCGCGGGGUGCGGGUGGCGCGGGUGGACCACCGGCCCAACCGGUCGAGCCCGGUCCGGGUAGUGGACAAGGCGGCGUACCUGGACUACGUGUUCGUCCUGGACCUUGAGGGGGCCGAGUCCGAGGACCACGUGCGAGCGGCGCUCGCACGCUUGAGGGAGUUCGCCGGGUUCGUGCGCGUGCUCGGCAGUUACGGGUGCACCUGCGCGACGAGAUCGCGGAACCGCAGCCCUGCUCCCGUUACGCCGAAAAAUUGUUAG